AUGCAGCUCAUUGCUCUUGAGCAGCUGUGCAUGCUGUUGCUCAUGUCAGACAAUGUGGACAGAUGCUUUGAAAGUUGUCCACCAAGGACUUUUUUACCAGCCUUGUGUAAAAUAUUUCUCGAUGAAUGUGCUCCAGACAAUGUGUUAGAAGUUACAGCUAGAGCUAUAACAUAUUACUUAGAUGUCUCAGCUGAAUGUACUAGAAGAAUUGUAGCAAUUGAGGGGGCUGUAAAAGCAAUUUGUAGUAGAUUGCUGACAGUUGAUCCUAAUAAUAGAACAAGUAAAGAUUUAGCUGAACAAUGCAUAAAAGUGUUAGAACUUGUAUGCACUCGUGAAGCUGGGGCAGUUUGGGAAGGAGGUGGCCUGCCUUCAGUAUUACACUUCAUCACACACCAUGGAACAUCAGUUCAUAAGGACACACUUCACUCUGCCAUGGCGGUUGUAUCUAGGGUAUGUGGUAAGAUGGAGCCAGGGGACGCUCGUGUAGGCGACGCGGUGUCGUCGCUGUCAGCGCUGCUGCGGCACAGCGACGCACGUGUCGCUGACGCCGCGCUGCGCUGCUUCGCUUCGCUUGCUGAUCGCUUCGCUCGGGCACACGCUGACCCUGCUCCGCUUGCUGAACAUGGUUUGAUUGAAGAGCUGGUUCGACGACUGGGGGCAACAGAGAGUUCUGACGACAAAUGUCUCAUGCCGUCAGUAUCCACCACUGUUAGCCUACUAUCAACUCUCUGCAGAGGCUCCGCGCAAAUUACACACGACCUGGUGCGCCUGGACCUGUGCUCGGCUAUCGAGGCGGCGGUGCAGGCGGACGAGCGCUGGUGCCUGGAGUGCAUGCGCCUCGUCGACCUGCUGCUGGUGCUGCUGUGCGAGGGGCGGCACGCUAUACAGACUGGUGCCAAUCGCAACGGAGCAUCCAGCUCGAGCGGCGGGAGCGGCGCGAGCGGCGAGAACUCAAGCGCGGCGUGCACGCCGCCGCCGCGCGACAAGUCGCACCGCCAGCUCAUCGACUGCAUCCGCGGCAAGGACACGGACGCGCUCGUGGCGGCCGUCACCGCCGGCACCGUCGACGUCAACUUCACGGACGACGUCGGACAGACACUACUCAAUUGGGCCGCUGCGUUCGGAACACGCGAAAUGGUCGAGUUUUUGUGUGAAAAAGGGGCUGACGUAAAUCGUGGUCAACGGAGUUCCUCUCUUCACUAUGCCGCUUGCUUCGGCAGGCCGGCUAUUGCUAAGGUGCUUCUUCGGUACGGCGCUAACGCUGAUCUUCGGGAUGAAGAUGGCAAGACCCCAUUAGACAAAGCUAGGGAAAGACAUGACCAAGGUCACAGAGAAGUGGCUGCAAUAUUACAAUGUCCUGGGGAGUGGUUAGUAGUGAGUAAUCAAGACUCGCCUGCAUCAUCCAAUGAUGAAGAUUUUCCCGAAACUGGUGACAAGGAAAUGGCUGCUAUAUAUUUAGAACGGUUGGUGCCGGUGUUCUGCGCGCGCUACGUGGGCGCGGGCGGCGCGGGCGUGCGGCGCGCGUGCCUGUCGCUGGUGCGCAAGAUGGUGCACUACGCGCCCGCGCCGCUGCUGCGCGCGCUGUCCGCGCCGCGCGCCGCCGCGCUGCUCACGCGCCUCGUCGCGCAGGUGCUCGACACGCAGGGCGAGUGCUGGGGCCGGCGGCCGCCGCCGCGCCACCUGCGCAGCCGCUAUAUCCGACCGCCCGCGGACGAUGACGAUGGUCACUUGACCGUGAUAGGCAUCGCCGAGGAGUUGAUGGUGAAAGCCGCUGACAUUUACUUAGAGCAGUUCGCUCGGCUCGGCGUGUUCAGCAAGGUGGAGGCGUUGGCCGCCGUGCCCGCCGCGCAGCUCUCUGCUGAUGGGGAAACUGUUAUAGCUGCUGGUCCGGGCGAAGACGCGACGAGUCUGUCCAGCGGCUGCGCGUACUGCUGGGGCGAGUGGUCGCUGUGCCGCGGCCGCGACGCGCUGUACGUGUGGAGCGACGCGGCCGCGCUCGAGCUCAGCACCGGCUCCAACGGCUGGUUCCGCUUUCUGCUCGACGGCAAGCUCGCCACCAUGUACUCGAGCGGCUCGCCUGAACACCAGACUGAUAAUACAGAAAACCGAGGUGAAUUUAUUGACAAACUCCAAAGAGCUAGAGGAUCCGUAAAAAAUUGUGUACCUCAAAGCAUAUUAUCUAAACCAGGCCCAACCAAAUUGAUACUUGGCAACUGGGUUUUGUCAUGCAAAAAAGAAAAAGAACUUCAUAUUCAUAAUACCGAUGGGCAGCAGCAGACUACAAUACUAAGAGAAGAUUUACCAGGUUUUAUCUUCGAAUCAAAUAGAGGCACUAAACAUUCAUUUACUGCAGAAACAUUUUUGGGCCCAGAAUUAGCCAGUGGUUGGGCUGAUCGUAGAGUAACAGCGCCUAAUAAUGGAAAUAUUUCGUCAACUCGUAGUCGACUUUCAGCUAAAACUGAAGCGCAAAAGGCACAGGUAGGUGAACGCGCACGCGCCCUGUACACGCGCCACCUGGCGUCGGCGGCGGGCCGGCAGCCGCGCGCGCCCGUGGCGCGGCUGCGCGCGCUGCUGGCGCGGCUGCAGUGCCUCGCCGUGCAGCCCACUGGAGAUUGGCGUCAAGAAUUGAGGGAGUCAUUAGAUCAGUUAACGGAGUUAUUAUGUGGCGAGGAAUUAUUGUCAGCCUAUGAACUUCAGUCUUCGGGCCUUGCGCCAGCUCUACUGCAAGUGUUGUCACCACAGCCGAAUGACGCACCGGGCCAACUGGCGGAGCGAGAGCGUAUCGUCCGCACGUGGGCGCGGCCGGAGGCGGCGGGCGCGGCGCUGGCGGCGCGGCUGGUGGGCGUGCUGGAGAGCGUGGAGCGCCUGCCCGUGCUGACGCCGGCGCCCGACGCGCCUGCGCACCAGCCCGCCGCGCUGCAUCACCUCACCAAGCGGAUUAGACUUCGCGUCGAGCGUGCAAGCGACGAUAUAUCAGAGGAAUCCGUCGUCAAUAACAAUGCGGGACGAAACCUAAAAGUCGAAGCUUUAACGACAGUACGUCAGCUCGAGAGAUUCCUGGCGAAAUCUGUCGCUCGCCAGUGGUAUGACAUGGAGCGAUCUACCUUCCAUUUUGUACAGAAGAUAAAGGCUGAAGCACCACUUAAUUUUACAUAUGAUCAUGAUUUUGACGAAAAUGGUGUUUUAUACUUUAUCGGAAGCAAUGGUGGAACCUGUGAAUGGGUGAAUCCUGGGGCACAUGGAUUAGUCAGCGUAUGGUCUUCGGACGGUCGUCAGUUGCCAUAUGGACGUGCAGAGGAUGCUCUCUCCAGGUCACCAGAACCUCUAAAUGUUCACACCAAUGACGACAGACGAGCCUUUAUAGCUGUGGAUUUAGGAGUACACAUUAUACCAUCAGCUUAUACACUAAGACAUGCUAGAGGAUAUGGACGAUCUGCUCUCAGAAAUUGGUUGUUCCAAAUGUCAAUGGACGGAGUGAGCUGGAACACGCUGGUGGCGCACAGCGACGAGCAGGCGCUGCAGGAGCCGGGCAGCACGGCCACGUGGCGCGUGCGCUGCGACGCGCUCUACCGCUACCUGCGCGUGCAGCAGAACGGGAAGAACGCCAGCGGGCAGAGCUGCUACCUGUCGCUCUCUGGCCUCGAGAUAUAUGGCAAGGUGGUAAGCGUUGUAGAAACGCCCCCGCGGCAAGUGGGCGGCGCGAGCGCAACAGCGAGCACGGGGGCGGGCGGCGCGCGCGCGCGGCGCUGGUCGCGCGGCGCGCGCGGCGUGGGCGCCGGCGCGCGCGUGCUGCGCGGCCCCGACUGGAAGUGGCGCGACCAGGAUGGGCCACACCCCGCCAUGGGCACUGUCACCUCCGAUUUGCAUAACGGAUGGGUCGAUGUUAGGUGGGACCACGGUGGACGAAAUUCUUACCGUAUGGGCGCCGAGGGUAAAUUCGAUUUGAAGGUGGUUAGCGGCGGUGCAGGCGGCGGCGGUGGCGCCGGCGCGGGCGGUGCGGGGGAGGGGGCGCGCUCCUCGCGUAAGAGUCACUCCACACCAAGCCUACCCGAUGCCACGGCCGAUCAACAGGUAUCAGUCGCGUCAACAGAACAGGCGUCGUCAGCUGACAAUAUAUCGGAAGAAGUAGGCGGCAACAUGGCGCGGCCGCGCGGUCAUGCUACUGACUUAUCCGCCAUUAACACAUCGACACAUCAUAUCAAUACUGAUUUAGCUACAAUAGUAGAAUCACUUACAUUGGGCGCAGAAGGCAACAACUGUAUGACAGAUUUAGGAAACACAUCAUUCACUAAUAUGGAAAUGGGACCUACAAGUAUAACGGAUAUAACAAAACCGUAUCCUGCCAAAGAACCUUUACCGGACUCUACCUCGCAAGAGGAGCGGGCCCGCCGCCGCGCGGGCGACGCGAUGCGCAACAGCGCCAACGCGCUGCUGUCCAGCGAGCUGCUCGCGCUGCCCGCGCUGCCCGCCUCGCUGCUGCACACGCUGCGCAAUAACGCAAACAGGCUGCAUAUACAGUGCGAGGAAAAUGAAGGCGGCGAAGGUCAGUUUGGCGAGCACAAGAAGGACGCUCAAGCUUCAGGAGGCGCGAUGAGUGCCAGUGAGCCUGAUCUCACGCAACAGGGUGCGGCCAGGUUGCUCGAGUCGUUGGGCGUGGGCCGCGGCGCGGGCGUCGGCCGCGGGUCCGCAACGCAACGCGUCGCACGGUCUAAUCAUUCAACGGGACUAUUUCCCAGUUUGGUGCGUUUAGCGUUGUCCAGUAAUUUCCCCGGCGGCCUGCUGUCUGCAGCACAGAGCUACCCAUCUCUAGCGCCCAAUGCGCAAAACGCAUUGACAUUAUCUCUAUCUUCUACUACUAGCGAAAGUGAACAGGUAUCAUUAGAAGAUUUUCUUGAAUCGUGCCGAGCUCCGGCUCUUCUUACGGAACUGGAAGACGAUGAUGAAGGUGACGACGCUCUCGACAGUGACAAAGAAAACGAACCUUCAUAUCAAGAAGUGGUAUCACGAAAUCUCCUGUCGCUAAUGGAGGAGGAGGCGUUAGAGGCGGUGCGAGGCGGCGCGGGCGCGGGCGGCAGCGCGCGCUCGCGCAAGCCCUGGGAGGACGACUUUGUGCUCAAGCGACAGUUCUCCGCGCUCAUACCAGCGUUCGACCCGCGUCCUGGACGAACCAAUCUUAAUCAAACUGUUGAUCUCGAUAUCCCCCUAAACGACGAUUCUGACGUUGAAGACACCAUGGAAGCGACAACAAGUGCCACGGUUUCCGAAGCCAAUGGCAAUACGCCACCAGCAAGUACUAAACUACCGGCAUUACGUUUGGUCCUGAGUGCGGGAGGAGUGUCUUUCCCGCUAGAGAGACCUUCUUGGACCAUCUAUAGAGCUGUUCUAGCGCUGAAUUCUCGAUUGCCUUCCCAUGAUACUCACAGAGAUAUGACGUAUACGUUGACGUAUAAAGAAAUUGAGGGUGCUGACACAUUCGCUUCUUCUAGUGAUAGUGAAGACGAUGAGCCAGGCGAUCCGGAGCGCGGCGUGUGGGGCGCGGAGGGGCCGACGGGCGCCAUGGUGAGCUGCUGCGUGCGCGCGCUGCGGCGUCUGCGCGCGGCCGCGCCCGGCCUGCCCGCCGCCGCCUUCCUCUCCACCAAGCUCACCAACAAGCUGCACCACCAGCUGCAGGACCCGCUCACGCUCGCCGCCGCCGCCACGCCGCACUGGUGCCAGCAACUAAACGACUGGUGUCCAUUCCUGUUCCCGUUGGAGACGAGGCAAAUGUUCUUUGCAUGUACAGCUUUUGGCACUUCCCGGACUAUUGUAUGGUUGCAGGCGCAGCGCGACCGCGCGCUCGACAGACAAAGGACUGGAAAUACUGUGUCACCAAGGCGGGCCGAGUUGGAGGCAACAGAAUUCCGAAUGGGUCGCUUAAGACACGAGCGAGUGCGGAUACCGCGCCACCCCAAUUUAUUAAGAUCUGCUAUGCAGGUGAUGCAAGUGCACGCGGGCCGCAAGUCCGUGCUGGAGGUGGAGUUCGCGGGCGAGGAGGGCACGGGGCUCGGCCCCACGCUGGAGUUCUACGCGCUGGUGGCGGCCGAGCUGCAGCGCACCGACCUCGCCAUGUGGCUCGGCGACGCGCCCGCGCACGCGCACGACGACCUGGCCCCGCUGCCGCUUACGCUGCCCGAUGAAAAGCCGCCAGGUUACUAUGUAACGCGUGCAGGAGGUCUGUUCCCAGCACCGCUACCACAAGACUCUCUUAUCUGUGAUAAAGUAUGCAAAUAUUUCUGGUUCCUAGGAGUAUUUUUAGCUAAGGUUCUUCAAGAUGGGCGGCUAGUCGAUUUACCUUUAUCUGAUCCAUUCUUGCGGAUAAUGUGUGGUGAUGAAUUAACGAGUGAAGACUUGCAGGAUAUCGAUCCAAUUAGGCACAGAUUCUUGGCGAGUGUCCUAGAGGCCGCGGAAGAAUAUGAAGCUUUGCAGCGCGAUUCGUCUAUAUCGGAGGCGGAACGUGACAAGCGUAUUGCUGAUUUGACUGUAGACGGCGCUACCUUCGACCAGCUGGCUCUCACUAUGACGCACGUGGCCUCUAACACCGCGCCCGAACUCGCCGUGUACCCACUGUGCGACGGCGGAGAACAUAUCGAGGUGAACGCAACGAACGCGCGCACGUACGCGGAGAGCAGCGCGCGGUGGAUGGUGUCGGCGGGCGUGGCGCGGCAGGCGGCCGCGUUCCGGCGCGGGUUCGCGGCAGUGUUCCCGCCGCGUCGCCUGCGCGCCUUCUCGCCGGCCGAGCUGCGGCUGCUGCUGUGCGGCGAGCGCGGGCCCGCCUGGACGCGCGAACACCUGCUGCAGUACACCGAACCCAAGCUGGGCUACACGAGGGAUAGCCCUGGAUUCCUGCGCCUCGUGGACGUGUUGGUGGAGAUGUCGUGGCGCGAGCGCAAGGCGUUCCUGCAGUUUGCGACGGGUUGCAGCAGUCUGCCGCCCGGCGGCCUCGCCAACCUGCACCCGAGACUCACAGUUGUUAGGAAGGUGGACGCAGGAGAUGGUUCAUAUCCCUCAGUCAACACUUGCGUUCACUACCUAAAACUUCCGGAAUAUUCAUGCAAAGAAGUACUCCGUGAAAGAUUACUGGCCGCCACCAACGAGCGGGGCUUCCAUCUUAAU